AUGGAUUCACUGCACAUGGCCCACUCGGGCCCUCGGAAGAAGAGACCCAGGCAGAUGGGCACCUUGAUGGCUUCCCCUCCUCAUGACAUCAAGUUCCAAGAUUUGGUCCUCUUCAUUUUGGAGAAGAAAAUGGGAACCACCCGCAGAGCCUUCCUCAUGGAGCUAGCUCGAAGGAAAGGAUUCAGGGUUGAGAAUGAGCUCAGUGACUCCGUCACCCACAUUGUGGCAGAAAACAACUCUGGUUCGGAAGUCCUGGAGUGGCUUCAGGUACAGAAUGUAAAAGCCAGCCCACAGCUAGAACUCGUCGAUAUCUCCUGGCUCACAGAAUGUAUGAGAGCAGGAAAACCCGUGGAGAUGACAGGAAAACACCAGCUUGUCGUGAGAAAAGGCUUUUCAAGUAGCCCCAGCCCAGAGCCCCAGGAGACUCCACCACUUGCUGUAAAGAUCUCUCCUUACUCGUGUCAGAGAAGAACCACUUUAAACAACUGCAACCACAGAUUCACGGAUGCCUUUGAUAUACUGGCUGAAAAUUGUGAGUUUAGAGAAAAUGAAGUCUCCUUUGUGACAUAUAUGAGAGCAGCUUCUGUACUUAAAUCUCUGCCAUUCACAAUCAUCAGUAUGAAGGAUACAGAAGGAAUUCCCUGCUUGGGGGACAAGGCGAAGAGUAUCAUAGAGGAAAUCAUUGAAGACGGAGAAAGUUCUGAAGUUAAAGCUGUGUUAAAUGAUGAACGAUAUCAGUCCUUCAAGCUCUUUACUUCUGUAUUUGGAGUGGGUUUGAAGACAGCUGAGAAAUGGUUCAGGAUGGGUUUCAGAACCCUGAGUAAAAUAAGGUCAGACGAAACCCUGAAAUUCACACGAAUGCAGAAAGCAGGGUUCCUCUAUUAUGAAGACCUCGUCAGCUGUGUCACCAGGGCGGAAGCAGAGGCGGUCGGUGUGCUGGUUAAAGAGGCUGUGUGGGCAUUUCUUCCUGAUGCCUUUGUCACCAUGACAGGAGGGUUCCGGAGGGGUAAGAAGAUUGGGCAUGAUGUAGAUUUUUUAAUCACCAGCCCAGGAUGCACAGAAGAAGAAGAACAACAGCUUUUACCUAAAGUGAUAAACUUAUGGGAAAGGAAGGGAUUACUUUUAUACUAUGACCUUGUGGAGUCGACGUUUGAAAAGUUCAAGUUGCCUAGCAGGAAGGUGGAUGCUUUAGAUCAUUUCCAAAAAUGCUUUCUGAUUCUAAAAUUGCACCAUCAGAGAGUAGACAGUGGCAAGUGCAGCCAGCAGGAAGGAAAGACCUGGAAGGCCAUCCGCGUGGACCUGGUCAUGUGCCCCUACGAUCGCCGAGCCUUCGCCCUGCUGGGCUGGACCGGCUCCCGGCAGUUUGAGAGAGACCUCCGGCGCUAUGCCACGCACGAGCGGAAGAUGAUUCUCGACAACCACGCUUUGUAUGACAAGACCAAGAGGACAUUUCUCGAAGCAGAAAGUGAAGAAGAAAUUUUUGCACAUCUGGGAUUGGAUUACAUUGACCCGUGGGAAAGAAAUGCCUAGAAAAAUCUGUCGACAUGUAAGAAUUUUUUCAGGGUAAACAAAUACGCUUCAUGUUGCAGAGGAAGAUGCUUGAGGAGAGUUGGGGCGUCUGUAAGUCUUCCUGAAAUGCACGAUGCUCCCAGAAGUAAAUAGUUUUGGAAACCUGAUAAGGCACCCCCUGGUACUGGGUGAUACACUCAUAGGCCAUUUGUAUGACCGCUGCUUGGAAUUCACAAUGCAUUUUGCCAUAGAAACAGUGUUGUAAUUGGUGGCUCCUUUCCAGGGAAGCUCAUCAAAGCCCACUGUGCCCACAGUGUAGCUGAAAUACUGGGGACUUCCA